AUGCCAGCAGAAAGCGUUCCCAUCUGGGCCAUGACCUCUUCCUCGGCAGCCCUCUUCGGUGAAGGCCCCAAGUCUUCCAAUGGUCUCGCAACAUCCGCAGCUGCCGACGCCAAGCCCGUCUCUUCUGCCGACAAGGCCAACCCUGCAUCCUCAUCAGGCUUGCAACAGCCAACACAGACGGAUGCAUCUCUGUCGAUAGCGACAGCGCCACCAGUGGCAGAUGCCGAGAAGCCAUAUGAGCCGAAACGCAAGCAGAGACCCAUCACACACUGCCCUCCCCUCGCCUCGCUUGCUUCCUCCUCCCCGUCAUCUUCCUCUUCCUCGCGUCGCAUCCCUUACUCGAUACCCUACGUCGACGAGCAAAGUGCCAACGAGUCGCUGCAUCAACUGAUUGCCGUGCAAGCAAAGCGCGCCGGCUAUGAUGCAACGACUGCCUCCGCAUUGCACCAAGUGAGCCAGCUGACCAAGAAGUUUCUCACUUCCGUGUUCACAGCUGCGAUGCAUGCAGCUGAGCUUUCCUGCCGUGAUCAGCCAUCUGCGAGAGACUUGAUAUAUGCACUCGAAACUCACGGACAGCCCAUUCGAGAGCUACGCGACUUUCACCCUCAGCAGCUGCGGGACGGCGAGGAACAGGAUGAGAGGAAUCAAGCCAGUGCUAAGGCUAGGGGCAAAGCGAGAGAGAAUGCUGCUGCCCCGGAGACCUACAGAGCGAAGCGAAAGUCGAGGCUACGCGAUCAGGAACAGAGUAUAAAAAUCGGUGAUGAGCAAGACAAGGCCUGGGUGGAGGGUAGCAACGCAUUCUUGCCCUCAGACUCGGAUGAUGGUUCAGAACUGGACGCAUGGUCGGUCAGCAGUGAAUCGGACGACGAGUACGGUAACCGCCGUGCUGCUGUGCAAGUGCGUGUGGCCAAACGCAAGCACGACCUGGCCCGAGCCCAAGCCAAGAGGGAGCGCCGUAUGGCAAAGCUGCGUCAAACCCAUUCCAACGUUGCAGACCCAACCGCCCCCUCGUCCUCUACAUCAUCCACUUCAGCUCAAGAUCUCCGCGCACUCAUAUCAGGUGAACAAGCAUGGCGAAAGAUUGCAGAUCACGUCGUGCCACGACACUUGCCAGGGAUGCCUCCAAGACAUGCUUGGGUGCAGACACCAGCGUAUCCAACCAAUGCGUACGGUUUAUCGCUUGGCGGCGAGGAGGACGAGGAUGGCACGGUGAAAGAGAAGAAGGAUCCCUUGAUGCUCGUGAACAGGAAGCUGGCAAAUGCAAGGCUGGUAGAGGCUUCUUUGAAGAGGUUGAUUCAGAACACGGAUGGAGCCGCGGCUGUCGCGUAUGCAGCAUCGGCGAAGAGUGGCGGCGCAGAGACACCGACAGCAGGCGGACGGGAAAGUGGAGAGCAAUCUCGAGCAGAGCCUGCAUCAGCACCUUCGGCAACCGUUCCAGCUAGCAGCAGUAGUGGAGGCUUUGCGGUGCCCAACACACCAGCUAGCAGUGGUGGAAGCGGCUUGACGCUGCGACUAAAAAAUAAGUUCAAUCUGCCUUCUUCUGCGCUCAAUUCGCCAACGCAGCCGUCGACACCGACUGCGAGUCGAAGAGCUUCUACAGCUGUGUUUGCAAGUACAAGUGCUAGUGGUGUGCCUGGGACGCCGCUGGGAACGGGCAUGUCGAUGGGCUGGGGUGGAGAGCCAUUGAUGUCGCCGCUGACGCCCAUGUCGGCCAAUCCGGGAGCUGGUGGGGGACUGAUGACGCCGUACCCGCCGACAACAGGAGGAGUGUACGGACACUACUUUGGAUCUAAUUCUCAGGCUGCAACAGGUGGGCCAGGAGGGUACAGGUCAAGGUCUCAAUCAAUUGUGGCUGCAAACGCGGAUUCAUAUGCUGGUGUGCUGAACGGGCCAGACGGUAACGCUGGAGCAGACAAGCUCGGUGUCAGAGUGCCAGGACCUGUCAAUUACAAGAACGUGUGGUACGCUCCAGGAAGUACCAUUGCCAGUGGUGGGCUUGCUGGCGGUGCGACGUCCGGUCAUGGUGCAAAAUCGGGUUCUUCGAGCAGCAAUCACCCACACUCAGUCAAACGUAUGCGCAAGUGGAAGGUGUAG